CGCUCCUGACCCAUGAGUACUUGCUGGCCCUCGACCGUAAGCCCGUAGAUCGGGCUGUCUCUACCUAGCUCUGCCGCUCCCGACCUAUACCCGGUGUUCCGCCUGUCGUCUCCCCUUGUCUUUCGACUACUUUGCCUCCUUGAUCAACAAGUCCGCCUGGCCUCUGACUAACCCACAUGCUUGCCUUUGACUGCCUAGCCAACCUGACCACUGACUGCUGAAUCACCCUGACUAUUAACCCCCACGUCCUCUUGACUUUUGACCGCUAUAUGAUCUUGACUUUUCUAAUCCUUUCCUCUUGGGCCCCUCCAUUGCCACCCGUAUCAAAGCCUUUUCUCUCUUUCAGGUGCUCAGCAUCCCAACCAAGAUUAACAAAGGCAGUGUCAAAAUAAUCACCCAGUUGAGUUGAUGAAGAAUGGAGACAAAGUGAGUUCUUGUGAGGCUGCCCUUCUCUCCAAACUUGGAAUCUCACAGAAAUUUGGCACGACUCCACAUAUGUUCAUCAAUGCGUACAAGAGUGUGCAUUUGGUUGCAAUUGCAACAGAUUACACCUUACCACACGCGGAGAAACUCAAGGAGUACUUCAAGGACCCAAGCAAGUUUGCAGUGGCUGCUGCAGAUGCUGGAGCUGAAAAGUCAGUAGCAGCACCUGCCGAAGAGAGGAAAGAGGAGCCUGCCGAGUAGUCUGAUGAUGACAUUGGUUUCAGCUUGUUUGAUUAGGGUUUUCAAGCUGUGCACGAGAUAAGUAACAAUCAGAGGGCGCAGGGUUAGUUUUCCCAAGCCAUUGCAUUCUUUGUAGGAUAAAGUUUCUGAUUAUGUUUAGAUUUCACUAACCAACAGUUGGGGAACUUUAACUUUGUUAUUUCUG